AUGGGUAAUAUCUUGGGAAGAAAGAAAACUGUGAAAAUCAUGAAGACCAAUGGCAAGAGUUUCAAGCUCAAAACUCCGGUAAAAGCUGGUGCCGUUGUAAAAGAUUUUCCUGGCCAUGUUCUUUUUGAAUCUGAAUCCGUGAAGCGUUUCGGUAUCAGAGCAAAGCCUUUGGAUCCUAAACAAUACUUGGAAACCAAAAGGGUUUAUUUCAUGGUGCAACUUCCCAGGUGGAAAGUGAGAACCCCGAGAAGGGUUGGGUUGGGAAUCCAGGUGGGUGCCAAGGAGAGGCUAGAGAAUCUGAAGCUUUCUCGUAGUGAGGUUGAUGAAAAAGAGAGAGAAGUGGUGACUAGUGUGAAGCUGAAGUUACCAAAGUGGCAAGUGGAGAAACUGUGGAAAGAGAGUGAGAGUGUCUCUGAUUUCUACAACAAGAUCAGAUCACUUUGUCUCCUCAACAUUCCAAAUGGUUUGAUUAUUUAG